UGUAAUGAAAAUAGUUGCCGCCAUGGGAGUGGCGCGAACACUGGACUGAAACUGAAAUAAAAAACGAAAGAAAGAGAAACAUCAGUAUCACUAUUAUCCAUCCUGAAUCCUGAUUCGUUACUAACUAUGCAUAAUCGAAAAUCGAAAAUGGAUAACAAUCUUAACAAUGAAGAACAAAACCCUAAUUUCACAGCUUUCCCUUUCAAACCGUAUUCUAUCCAAAUCGAUUUCAUGAACGCACUCUAUCAAUCUCUCAAUCAAGGUGGCGUCUCCAUGUUAGAAAGCCCAACCGGUACUGGGAAAACAAUGAGUGUUAUUUGUAGUGCAUUGCAGUGGGUGAUUGAUCGACGGCAGCGGCAAGAAGAAGAAGAUGCUGUAGGGUCUGUGGUUGGGAAGAAUCAAGCUUCAGAUGAUGAACCUGAUUGGAUGAGAGAUUUUGUUGUUAACAAUAGCAGUGAUAAUAAGAAAUUCAAAGAGGGAAAAAGAAAGAAUAAAAAGGAAAAUUUUAAGUCUGUGUUAGGAAAAUCUGAUAAUAAUGAUUAUAAAAACAGUAAUAAUAAUGGUAACUUGAAGAAGAAAAUUGAUGAAGUGAGUGAUAAUGAAGAUGAGUUUUUACUUGAAGAAUAUGAGAGUGAAGAUGAGAAAUCUCAGGGUAGUAGUGUAGCAUGUAAAAGGAAAGCAAGUAAAAGUAGUUUUAGUUCUUCGAGUGAAGACGAGUCUCAUGAUGAUGAUGAUGAAGAGGAAGAGGAGAAGAAGUUAAAGGUUUAUUUUUGUAGUAGGACGCAUUCGCAACUUUCGCAGUUCAUAAAGGAGUUGAGGAAGACAGUUUUUGCUGAUGAAAUGGGUGUUGUUAGUUUAGGUUCAAGGAAAAAUCUCUGUAUCAAUCAAGAAGUACUUGCACUUGGAAACUCCACACGCAUAAAUGAACGAUGCUUGGAACUUCAAAAGAAAAAGAAAAAUGAUGCUACAAAAGUUAAGAACUUAAAAGUAGGUACGGGAGUACGCAGAACAAAGGCCUCUGGUUGCCCAAUGCUUAGAAAACAUAAAUUACAAAAAGAAUUCAGGAAUGAGGUAUCUCAACAAGGGCCUUUGGAUAUUGAAGAUCUUGCUAACCUUGGUAGAACUAUAGGAGCUUGUCCAUAUUAUGGUUCUAGAAGCAUGGUUCGGAGAGUUGAUCUUGUGGUCCUACCAUAUCAAUCUCUUCUUUCAAAAUCAUCUCGUGAAGCACUUGGUCUGAAUUUGAAAUCCAACAUUGUUAUAAUAGACGAGGCUCAUAAUUUGGCUGAUUCACUUAUCAACAUGUAUGACUCCAAAAUUACUUUAUCACAGCUAGAGAAUGUGCAUUGCUGUGUAGAGCGGUACUUUGUGAGAUUCCGGAACCUUUUGGGACCUGCUAAUAGGAGAUAUAUUCAAACUCUGAUGGUCCUCAUACAAGCAUUUCUCCGAGUACUACUCAAUGAGAAAGAUGGAAAGCUAAUAGAACAGGCUUCUGAAGAAAGGAAAACCUCUGGUUUUACUAUGACCAUCAAUGAUUUUUUAUUUGAACUAAAUAUCGACAAUAUCAACUUGGUCAAAUUGGUGAAGUACAUAAAGGAAAGUAAUAUCAUGCACAAGGUUAGUGGCUAUGGAGAAAAGCUGGCUACAUUGGAAAAGGUAUCAGCACUUAAUAUAACAGGGGAACACGGUGAAGAUGGAAGCUGUCAGUCUGCUUUCCAGGCAUUAGCUAACAUGUUGCUAUCCCUGGUAAACAAGGACAGUGAUGGAAGGAUAAUAAUUUCCAGGUCUAGUUCAGCAAGCUUCAGGAAACAAGGUCAAGGAUAUAUUAAAUAUGUAAUGCUCAGUGCAGAGAAGAUUUUCUCCGAGAUUGUAGAUGAAGCACAUGCCGUCGUGUUAAUAGGGGGAACACUUCAGCCAAUAGAAGAGACAAGGGAGAGACUCUUUCCAUGGUUACCACCAAAUGAGUUGCAUUUCUUUUCUUGUGGUCACAUUGUCCCUCCAGAGAGCAUUAUGCCAAUUGCCGUUUCCCGUGGGCCUACUGGCCGCUCCUUUGAUUUCAGCUAUAGCUCAAGGAGCUCAGCAGACAUGAUACGGGAGUUAGGUCUUUUGUUAUGCAACUUGGUGACUGUGGUUCCACAAGGAAUUGUAGUCUUCUUCCCUUCUUUUGAUUAUGAAAGUAGAGUCUAUGAAAACUGGGAGUCUUCUGGCAUCCUCGAAAGGAUUACAAAGAGGAAACGUUUCUUUCGAGAGCCUAGAAACAAUAUGGAUGUUGAAUCUGUUCUCAAGGAAUAUAAAGAUACCAUUUAUACUCCAUCAAGUGUGAAUUCAGAAGUGAACCAAGCAUCUCAUACUGGUGCUGUACUUCUUGCUGUUGUUGGUGCAAAGUUAUCUGAAGGGAUCAACCUGAGCGAUGGGAUGGGUCGAUGCAUAGUCAUGGUUGGUCUGCCAUAUGCUAGCCCAUCUGACAUUGAGUUAUUGGAGAGGAUAAAACACAUUGAUGGUUUUAGAAAUUCAAAGUCCCUUGAAAAUCCUGGAUUUUCUGCUAGUUAUGAUAUAUAUGGUGGAGAUAUACAAGAUGGUUUCGGCAUAUUAAGAAGUUGCAGUCACAGGGGAAAAGAGUAUUACGAGAAUCUCUGCAUGAAAGCUGUAAAUCAAUCAAUAGGUAGAGCAAUUCGUCACAUCAAUGACUAUGCAGCUAUUUUAUUGGUUGACACAAGGUAUGCGUCUGAUUCCUCAAAACGGAGCUUUAACCACCCAACCACCAAGCUCCCCAACUGGAUAAAAGACCGUCUUGUUUCUUCUUCCAAAAACUAUGGGGAAGUGCAUAGGUUGCUGCAUCAAUUUUUUAAACUCAAAAAGACAUGUUCCACACCUUUCCAAAGUAUAACCACAAUGCUGCAUCUAAGAAAAACCAUUCAUAAGACAAAAAGUUUCUUUCACAAAAGCCUAAAAAAUUUCAAGUCUUUUUUCUCUGGAGGGUACCAAAAACUUCCUAGAUCACUUUCCUUCAAUCUAUCAUCCCUUUGUAGCAUAGACAACACAAAAGCUUACACAAGUGAUCAAUUCUACAAUGAGUUCUAUGAUCUCUUGCAAUCUGAUCUCAGCACAAUGAAGAUGUUUGGUAACAACAACAACAACAUAUCAAAAUCAAAAGAGCGUGCAAUGGAAGAUGCAUCAUGUGAUAAAAACUUCAUGUGUUUAGCCAAGCAAAGUUCACAAAAGAGAAGUCAUGAAGUCGAAGCAAAGACGAAGAUGAAUGAAGGUAGCUCGCAAUCACAAAAGGAGGAUUUGAGUUCACAAAACAUGAAGAAAGGAGCACACGUCUUAGCACAGAAGAUGAAGGAAUUGGAUAUGAUGGAUGCAGGUGACCUUGAACAUGUACUAGACAUAGAAGAAGCGCUUCACUAUUAUUCGCGCCUUAAAAGUCCGGUUUAUUUAGACAUUGUGGACAAGUUUUUCAUGGACAUAAACUCAGAGUUUAUUGUUCCAAAGCCUUCUGUCAGCUUCAAAAGCUCAAGGGAAAAACUUGGCCCAAUUCAGUUACGUAAAAGAUAAUCAUUCAAUGUAUGUUCGGAUUAGGGUCAGCUAGUUUGGCAAAAUCACAGGGACACCGUGAUUUUGUUGAAGCUGCAAAGUAUAUUCCAAAAUCGCGGUGGCUCAUAGUGAUUCUGUCUAUCUCACCGUUAACCCGAACACGAAAGUAAUCACAAUGAAAAGCAUGUCCUAGUGUAUAGGAAACCAGUUCUAUUGUUUAAAGCUUUCUUCUUUAUUUUUUUCCCAUUGUUUAGAUCUUUAUGUUUACUUACAAUAUAUGAAUCCAACUUUCUUGUUUACCAA